AUGUCUGCCUAUGUCUUUUCCUUUUUUCUGAAGGUUCUGGCAUCACAGAAGCGGUUGGAAAAUAAAUACAAAGCUGCACAAGAAGCCUCUGAAGAAUGGUACAAAAGAGCACAACUUGCUCUUGGGAAGGGAGAUGAGGAUCUUGCUCGUGAAGCUCUUAAACGGCGUAAAUCUUAUGCUGAUAAUGCGAAUACUUUGAAGGCUCAACUUGAUCAGCAGAAGAAUGUUGUUGAUAAUCUUGUCUCCAAUACACGGCUAUUGGAAAGCAAGAUACAGGAAGCAAAGUCAAAGAAAGAUACCCUAAAAGCACGUGCUCAAUCUGCAAAGACUGCAACCAAAGUGAGCGAAAUGUUGGGGAAUGUGAACACAAGCAGUGCUCUUUCAGCUUUUGAAAAGAUGGAGGAAAAAGUUAUGGCCAUGGAAUCUCAAGCAGAGGCACUUAAUCAGCUAACAACUGAUGAUCUUGAAGGAAAGUUUGCAUUGCUAGAGAGCUCUUCAGUUGAUGAGGAUCUUGCAAAUCUGAAGAAAGAACUGUCUGGCAGCACAAAGAAAGGAGAGCUUCCACCUGGGAGAUCGGCUGUUGCGAGUACAAACUCAGCAUUCCCUUUUCAAGAUACCGAGAUUGAGAGAGAACUAAAUGAAUUGCGGAGAAAAGCUAAGGAGUACUAGAAUUCUGGCCUGCCCUUCGAAAUGGGUGAUUGAAUCUCUUGACGAUUUUUAAACCUAAGGCAAUGGCUUCCUUCUGUCAGAAACUUCAUGUGUAAAGAGGCAAUCUUGAAUUUUGGAAAUGAAAACGGAGUUGGGGUUGGUGAUUAUAGAAUGUUGUUUAUAAUGUAUCCAUAAAUUUAUGAAAGGUACCAGUAAUCUUCAGUUAAUUUUUGUACAUUAUACGUGAAGAUUUUAAUUGCCACUUGAUAGUUUUUCUUCUCUUAUAUGUCCA